CGAAGGUAUAAAUGGACCUUUGCCCGUGGCACCCAAACAACACUCUCCAUCUUUCAAGACGUUCUGAAUUGAAAAAACUUCCACUAAGCAAUGUCCUCAUAUCUCAUCACAGGCGCCGGCCGCGGCCUCGGCCUCGAACUCGUCACUCAACUUGUUCAAGCACCGGCCAGUCAAGUGUCCGUGGUCUUCGCAGCUUCUAGACGCGAACCGUCCUCUCCGCUUCAGAAACUCAUCGACAGCUCGUCAGGCCGCGUCGUGCACGUUCCCAUGGUCAUCACCGAGCGCGCCAGCCUCGACAAAGCGGCAGCCGAAGUCGAGGCCAAGCUCGGCGACAAAGGCCUUGAUGUCCUGAUCAACAACGCAGGCGUCAUGCCUCCCACUUUCGAAGGCAUAGCAAAGAUGGACAACCUGCGCUACGCCUUGGAAGUCAACGUCGAAGCCGUGCAUGAGACGAUUGCUGCUUUCUUGCCAUUGUUGAAGAAAGGCACAUUGAAGAAAGUGGUUAACAUAACAACGACUCUCGGGUCCAUCACCCAAGCGCCGAAAUAUAUAUGGGCCCCGUUCCCUGCGUACAAGAUCUCCAAAGCGGCAAUGAAUAUGCUCACCGUUCAGUACGCUCUAGAGUAUGCCAAGGAAGGGUUCACGAUCUUUGGCAUUUCCCCUGGUUGGCUCAAGACCGAUAUGGGCAGCCAACAGGCCGACCUGGAGGUGGAUGUCGGAACGAAAGCGGUGCUCGACAUCAUCUUCCAGAGCAAUCCGGAGAAGUACAAUGGCACGUUUCAGAACGUUCUUGUCCCUGGGUGGGAGAACAAAGAAGGUCCAAAUCAAUAUGACGGCAAGGUCGUACCGUGGUAGGCGCGGACCGACCAGUGAGAAGAUACUCGGCCUGCCGAUGCAUGGCAGCCCAAUAUGUAUGCUUCGGAUGACGCAACGAAGAGUGACUGGACUUGACCGGACUCUGUCGUUUAUAAAGACGCAGACCAUGGGUGACAGGAAGAAGAGACGGGCAGGGCCUUGGAUCUUAGCAUGGCGCACCUCAACCUGGUGCCUGGCCAAUCGAAGAUUCUGCCCUGCAAGGCAUUCGUGUCCCUUUCAGUCGCGUCUGCUCAAGUAUCGUGCCAGGGCUCCAG